AUGGAGGGUGAUAAUACGAAAAUUGACGACUUAUCGGCAGCUGUACAUGAAAAUUCAAGAAAUGGUGUAAUUGUAAUGCCCUCAAAUUCUCAUGCCAAUGCGAAUUUAGCAGAUAAAGUAAUUACAGAUAGCAGAAGUCUUGAACAAGAAUACAGGCCACUUUCUAGAAGGCCCGUGUCCCUAUUUAUACGGCGUUCCAGUGCGAUUCCAUCGCCCGCAGGUAAAGAAGAGGUAUUUAGUCCUUACAUGGAAAUAAAUGGCCCGCCUGGGCCUUCAGGUCAACUUCUCUCACCCAUUACUCCAGAGAGCAUUGCUUCACCAAAGGACUUUACACCUGAGAAUAAGAAAAAUGACGAAGAGGCGUUUAUCUGUCAUUAUUGUGAUGCUAAAUUCAAGAUAAGAGGAUACUUAACGAGACACAUCCGAAAACAUGCGAUUGAAAAGGCCUUUAAAUGCCCGUAUUUUAAUGCUACUCUACCAAAGACCCUGAGAUGUCAUUCUACGGGAGGAUUCUCUCGCCGGGAUACUUUCAAGAUUCAUCUAAAGUCGCGGCAUUUCAUAUUCCCCAACGACGUAAAGGUUCCUAAUAAAACACAUUCAGGAGGAAAUUGUAAACAUUGUCAGGGAAGUUUUAGUGACAUUGAAACUUGGAUUAAUGAUCAUGUUGGUUUGCGUCGAUGUAGAGCGAUACAGAAAGAAGUAUCGGAUGAUAUUAUGAAGGACAAGAAAAAAGUGGGUAAUAAAUUGAAAAUGAUUAAGACGUCAAAUGGUAAGUCUAGAUUCAUUUCUACACUGGAUAGUAUAGUCGAGCCAAAAGUAUUGUUGAAUGAGGAUGCCAUUGAGGCAAUGGCAAUUGUGGCAAAUAAUACCAAUCGUUCGGAUGUUCUUUUAAAGGAUGAACACGAUAAAUUAGUGUUGAAUUCUGCUAAUUUUGAAGGUUAUAAGAAGCCCAAGAGAAAAUAUCAAACUAAGAAACGUAGAUUGAAAGAAGAAAAGGAGGUGGAGCAUACGCAAAAUAGUAAGAUUUCGACAUCUAUGCAAUUUAAUGCGGCAGCAUCUUCUGAUUUUAUUACACCAACUUCAAAUACCCCAAUGUCGUCAUUUUCUAGCCAAGAGAACGUUAUCCCGUUGGAUUGUGAGCAAGCAUCAUCUCACUAUGACAUCCUGCAGGAAGCGUGUGCGACCGCCACGCCCGUUGAACCCAUAGAGAUAUCAAUAAAUGCUACUUUGGAAAGACAGAUGAUACCUGCGAAAUUAGGUGAGAGACAUUUAAACGAGGUGAAACAAUAUCUAAACUUUUAUAAUUAUUCAUUUGAUUGUAGUGUAUAA